AUGGCCUCACCAAAAUCGCCCAAUGGCGCGGGCCGCCUCCCCGACUACGGGACGAAAGAGGACCUCAACGCCAAGGAUGAGACAGCCGUAUUAGAUUUCGAGAGGCCACGCUUUUCACACGCAAAGACACCCGAUCUAUCGGCCGAGUCGCAGAACGGCAGGCUGACACCAAACCCUCCCGCCGUUCUGGGUCCCUUCGAUUGGGACGACUUUGAGGCACGGUAUGAAAAGGCUUUGAUGGACGCGGAUGAACAAGAGCGAGAAAUCCUCAAAGAAGCUGAAGGCCUUGCCAAGUAUUUCCAGAUAUGGUCUUCAGCUGCAUCAGCUCAUGACGACGAGCGAGCCGUGAAGCGUUUGCAGACGCGACAACGCUUUGUGAAUAUUUCUGAGGAAAAGAUGGCUCAAAAGCAGCAGCAUUACGAGGAAGUCGUGCGUGCGUUUGAGAGUGCAUUGGCGCUGCUUCGGUCUACAUAG